GCCCCAGAGCUACUUUUCUUCCAUAAACUUACUUGUCAAAAUGUCUUCAGACUUUGAAUCCUACGAGCAGGACUUUGGAACGACUACAGCCGAAAUAACAAAUAAAAUUGGCCGAAUUCCCAAACUAAGUGGAGAGGAGAAGACGCAGCUGAUUCUAAAUGUCGACAAACAGCUUGAAGAAGUCAGAGAGUUGAUGGAGCAGAUGGAUCUGGAGGUGCGAGAGAUCCCCAUUCAGAGCAGAGCCAUGUACAACAGCCGGCUGAAGAGCUACAAGCAGGAGCUGGAGAAACUUGAGAAAGAUUUUAAAAGGUCACGUAUUGCCUACAGUGAUGAGGUGCGCCACGAGCUCCUCGGGGACGACGGCGGAUCCUCAGAGAACCAGUUGAUAAAGUUGCGUGAAGAGAGAGCGCAUCUGUUGGACAACACAGAGAGGCUGGAAAGGUCAUCGCGGAGACUGGAGGCUGGCUACCAGAUAGCAGUGGAAACUGAACAAGUCGGACAGGAGAUUCUCUCCAACCUGCACACCGACCGUGAGAAGAUACAGAAAGCCAGAGAGCGGCUGAGAGAAACGGACGCCAACUUGGGCAAGAGUUCCCGCAUCCUCACUGGCAUGCUGAGAAGGUAAGAGGCAGGAUCAUCCAGAACCGCGUCCUGGUCUUCAUGCUGGGAGCCAUCAUUCUUCUCACCAUCAUCCUGGCCAUCUAUUUCAAUCUGCGAGGCCACUGAUCUCAGCUGUACACACACGUACCAGCUCCCCCCUCCAUCCCCAAAACAAAUACAAAUACACACUCACCCUUGAUUAAUAGCGACAAACGCGUUGUUCUGCUGUAAUUAGGACAAAUGGUCCCAAUGAAUCACUGUUUCCAAAGCCUGACAGGGAGCUUUUUUUUUUCUCCGUUUCUUCCUUUUCUUUGCUUUUUUUCUCCUCUUUGUGCUUCCUUUCUCCUUCUUUUUCUCAGUUGUUUAUUUCCUCUCUCUGUCAGGUUUUUUCUUACAUCUCCAGAGGGACGAAGAGAAAAAAAACUCUAGGUGAGAAAUAUUUCCACUGGUUAAAUCUUUCUGUGGCAUCAUCUAUAGUUUGGUGAACACAGUCCGAAUCAAAGCAGAUUCCCAAGUUCACUUUCCUCUUUCUACAACAGAGGUGUGGCAAGCGACUUUCCAGGUCUGCUCUAGUGUACGAAAAGAAAAUAGUCUUAAAACCUAAAAAAUGUUGUUAGCUUCUGCAGCUUAACGUCUUUAUAGUCCCAUGCAAACAAAAAUAGACGCACAGCACAUCAUUUGAGUUUGUAAUUAUAGAAAUUAAACAAAUAUGUGAAUAUUUUAAGAGCCCAGCAACUGAGACUAAUAAAUCACCUUUCUACGUUUUUAAAGGAAACUGACCCGGGCCUAGUCAGGUUCAACCCAUAAAAACAAUACAGAGAAAAUCUUUUCCUGACUGUAAAGAACGAGCUUUAGCUUCCAGGCACUCCCGAAGCACACAUUACAACUCAUUUUUAUGGACUUGUGGAAAUUACAAGUUUCACUCUGUUGUGUACUAACAUUUAAAUGUGUAUUUUUUUUUCUUCAAUAUGAGCUAUUCUGUUUGUAUUUAUUUAUGAUUUCAAGAUUCCAAUUAAAAUGUAUGUAGUGGAACUGUACAAUUUAGGAUGUUUGUUGUUGUUUCCAAUAUUGUUUGUGUUUUGGCUGUAAGCUGAUGAAGAACAGAAGGCAGGACCUGGUGAAAUGUUUCAUUAUAUUCUUUCAUAAAUGGAUUUAUCUGGUUUUAGAACUCAUAGGCUAUGUCCGAAUUCCCUCCCUACCCCCUAAUUACUACAAAACUAUAUAGUGUGGGACGAUCUGGUGCCCUGGAUUUUAAAAGGAAAUUGUAGACCAUGCUGUCUACUUUUUUAAAUGGUAAAGAUAAUGUCAUCAAUUUAUGUAGAUGAAAACUGAAAUGGUUUAUAAAAACUAAGUUAAGUAACUUUUCUUCCCAUGAAAAAUUGUCCAAAAGCUAAAUAUUGUGGUCAUUUUAGUGAGCAUUGAUGUACGCUGGUUUCUCGCAAAGACGUCUGGAACAUUUCUUGGGCACUGGGUUUUAGGUGAAUAUUUCGGUCAAAUUUUGUGGAACAAGCUAAAAAUUUGGCAUGGAUGCACCUUAGGAUCCCCCUCCUUCAGAAAAACACGUAAGCCACAAGAAAACUUCAAAUAACAAGCAGCCAUUUGUAAAGAUGACGGCCAAACACUCAAUUGUUACAAAAAUAUUCAGUCUAUUUGACCCAAUCUAAAAAAUAUAUAUUUUAUUGUUUUUAUUUGAUUUAUUGGUUUAUUUCAAGCAUUGAAUGGGCUGUUCAUGCAAAAAAUGAGGUCUUUGAACUUAAAGAGUACCUACAGAAGAUCAUGGUACAUUUUAUGGAAGUAAAUUGUAUACAAUCAUAUGCAGCUUUUGUACAAAACAAGUCUGUAGAGAAAAUGUUUUCCUUCAUUCUUAUUGUCUGAAAUGCUUACAUUUAUAGUGUUAACUCAUAAGUAUAAUUUGUGUGUACAAAACACAUGAAUAAUAAGAUGAGCAAAACUCUUAAGAUUUUUAUGAUCGCAGUAUUACUCUAAGAAAACAAAGAUGUAGACUUCUUUAAAAACAACCUUUUCCUUCAUCUUUUGGACCAAAACAAGCAGUAAGAGGUGAACAUUCGCUCUGAAGUGAUGCUUAACCUCUUGUGACAAUUAGCUUAUAUCGCUUUUUUACUUCUGCAGUCAAGAUCGCUUCCAGCUCAGCAACGCGUUGUCGUGUGAAAAAGCAUUCUAAACCUUAUAAAUAACUAAAAUAAAGUUUUAAAAAUCGAUAUAGUAAGUGACCAUGUUAUAAGCGGGAUAAUGCCUGACAAAGUGUGCAUUAAUUAACACACGCCGUGGAAGCCUGAAGUAGCAGAAGAUGGUUGCUUUGUGGAGUGCAAUUAAUUACCUUUAGAAAAUAUAAAAAUUUACAUUUAUUCACUUUGUAAGUGACCAUGUUAAAAGUGGGAUAAUGUCCAACAAAUUGAGCAUCAUCAGACAUUAAUGCACGCCGUGGAAACCUGCACCAGCAGAAGACAGUGGCUUUGCGAAGU